AUGUAUGUGAAGGAGAAAAAUUAAUUAUUGGUUAAAAUUUUUUAAAGAAAACAUUAGGGAUAUUAAGAAGAUGAAAAAUUAACCACUCAUCCUUUUUAUUAUUAAAUUAAUAAAACUGAUUAUGCCUAAAAUUUAUUUGAUGGUAUUACAUUUGUAAAAGGUGCUGUUUUAAUAUAAUAAAGGUAUUAUUACUAUGAGCAGAGAAGUUUUUUUACUAAAAAAAGACUUUGUUUUGAAAACAUGCUUAUGGAAAUAAAAAAUGAAAUCUGGAUUAAUAUUCUAUCAUAUACCACAGAAAAGAAUGAUAUUAAUGAUAAAAGAAUAUAGGCAUACAAGACAUUUAAAUGA